AUGCCCAAUGUUGUCGACAUUACUUCAUCUGACGCUGUACGGGGUGCAGACGGGAGUGGCGGACUUUCUGUGUCGCGCGAGAUGCUCGCCUUAGUUAACAAGGCUGGAUAUUUGACCGCGGGUACUGGAGCACAGAGUCUGCGAAAUCUGUUUCGCAAUGGCUCUCAGGACUUCAAGCCUGAGCUGCUCAAACAAUUCGCGUUGAAUUGCUUUUUUGGUCAAAUACAGGAAGUCAAAGCGAUGGUAGAAAGUGGCCGAGCACCCGAUUUAUCAGGAACCGAAACACCGUUUAAAUUCGGCUAUUGCACACUCGUGGUCAUGGGCUCGCAAAGGGGAGCUGCCGAUAUUUCUGGAGGCACAGAACGAUUCGUCAAUACCCUCAAAUUUCUCCUCGCGCACGGUGCACCGACAGAUGUCGAAGAUGUGGUGGGCCACAUUGUCCUACACCAUUCGGCACAGUAUUGUCAGGGGUGCACUGUAGUGUUGAUGCGCAUGCUGCUCGCAGCCGGGGCGAAUCCAAAUCAUCGGAACAAGUACGGAGAGGUUCCGAUCUUUUCGGCUUUUCAGGCAAACACGGCUGAUGCGGUGGAGCUGCUGAUGGAAUAUGGAGCUGACCUGGAUAUUGCUGAUGCGGAAGGGACAUCUCCCCGGUCAAUAUUCCUGAGCGCGGGGCCGCAAGUGACCGCUGCUGUUAUGAAGUGGCUGAGAAAGCGUAGCGGGGAGGAAAUGCCUAUGGCCGAGGGCAAAGUGUGUCAUAAUUGCGGCAAGAUCGAGGGAAAACUGAAUAUUUGCUCGAGAUGUCACACGGCAUGGUACUGUUCAAAGGACUGUCAACGGGUCGAUUGGCCGAAUCACAAACGGACAUGCAAAUCAUACAAUGAGUCGAAUGCAGUCACCGUGCGCCCAUUCUACAAUAGCACAAACAACCUUCAGUUGCUACCAACUGCAGACGUGGUCCGAGAUAGGCUCAACAUUAGCAUGACGCCCGCACAAGCCAGAAGCAGCGCACAAGUCCCCCGCGUUCGGCCGGGAGAAGCGAAGAUGCUGGUUGUCAAGGUGCAGGCGCCAUACAGGAGCCCUGACAUGCAACCCAGGCGUGCGUCCGAGGAGAGCGGGGAUUUGCUUGUGUACGACAAGAAGCGCAGCCUGACGUGUAGGAUUCGGAAGGCGGAAAAUGGGAGCGCGUACAUGCGCAUUCUACGAACAGUGCGCGAGAAGGGGAUUGGGGGACUCAAAGCAUACUUUCCUGCGGAGUUGAAGAGCAAGGAUGAGCUUGUGGUGAAAGUAGGCGAGGUGCUGGCGGAGCAGCCAUUCUGA